UUUAGUUUGGGAGGUAGAAUAUUAUCCAAAUGGAGGACUUCCAUUUUGUCUGAUACCCUUGAAGCUGUUGUGACAACUCGUAAUUGGAUGCAUGGAUAUAAAAUGGAUGAGGAUAAUGAAGAUGCAGAAUAUGAUGGAGAAGAAGUUAAGCUUGUUGAUUGAUCGCCAAGUGAAUUGCCAUUUUAAUUUGUGAACCUAUUUUGUUGGUAUGUAAGAUGUG